CUGCUUUUUUCGCAUUGUCUUCACGGCCGUCCGAGAAAAGCACAAACUCGUUUUUCUCUUGUACCCCUCUUAGCAACUACGAUCAAACAAUCACCUGGCAAACGGGAACAGAAGGGAAGCUUUUUCUGUACAGAAUUUGAACAAGAAACUGUGGCCCCCCUUUGUUGAAGCUACCGUGGCGUAAGAAAUGGUCUGUACGGGAUGCUGAGCUGAGCAGCACGUUCAGCAAAACUUUGUGGCCUCCGUAUUGGCGAGUUGUUUUCGUAAUGUAAAGCGAAUCCCGUGUUUCCUCGUUUUCACGUCCGUCCGCGCACGUAGCUAAUGAGAGCUGUUGCAAGGUGAACAGAUGAUCGUCAAGCUGGUCGUAGCGCAGAACGUGUGAUGAAAGACCUGUUCCACUGGCUGGCAGUGCAUCGAGGAAGCGUAUUUUUUUAGGCCUAAAACACUGGUUUCGGCUACUAUCGGACACGAGUUGUGGUGGAUAAGCAUCGUCUUGAGGGAAGAAGCGCAGAAGCCACGCAGCAUGCUUUUGGGCAACAAAUGUGGCAAAGGAAAGCAGCAGUAACGCAGCGUAAAGCACCGUGCAAGCUAAUCGGACAGCUUCACCAAUUUGGAUGGAUAUCCGUGUGAUGUGCUCAAAGUAUAACGGACACAAUGAGGAACGUUCUAUCGAGUGUUUACCUUUCCACGAGCAUAUUGCAUGCCUGUAGUGCAAUACCGAUCCCGUACGUGCAUUCAGGACAUCAUGACGCUGUAAUCAUCGGGGUGCUAGCAUGUCUUGGCCUUGGUUCGUUCAUAAUGGGGUUUUGUAUUUUCUGCAAAAAGAAGAGUGGCAAAUUUAAGAAAUUUAAGGAUGGAGACAUAAUACAAGAAGUGAUUGCAACGGAAUACCCCAUACUGAAGGCUUUAAAUGUGCUUGAUUCAUCUGUACCGUGUGCCGUCAUCCCGUCGAGUCCCAAUAACCUAUCAACUGAUAAUCUGCUCGAUAAGAUUGAAACUUAUCAGAUCGAUGUAGAUCAUCCGCACGAUUCGUACUGUACCCGGCGAAGUGAUCCACUGACUUGUACGUACGACGAGUUCGAUCCGAACGAUGAAUCGGAUGAACGGACCGAGCGGACUGCUACCACUGCAACGGUUGAACCGGUGGCCGGCGAUGAACCGCUACUGUUUUCCGAUGUGUUUGAUGAAUCGCUAGAACGGAGCGAAAAGUGUAAUCUCACGGCGGUUUCCGUAGCAUUGCCGACCUCCUCGGGUGAGGAAGAUGAUGAAGGAUUGCCACCACCCCGGUCAGAUGCGGAGGACGAAGACGAACGUCGCCCGCUGGUCAGUGACGAUAGUAUAGACGAAGCUGCAGCGACAACUGCAACGACCAUCACGGUCACAGCAACGAUGGCACAGUCGGCCGAUGCCAUCAGUAUCGAGGAAGCGUUGCGUGCGUUGGACAUUGCGAUCGAGGGCGAAGAAGACGAGGACGAGGACGAGGGUCAAGCCACACCACUGAACGAAAGUGAUGAAUCGUUGUCACCUUCCAUCUACUCGGAACCACCCUCGGACAAGGUGCUAAGGCGGGAAGAUGUUGAACAGCAGGCGACAGAACUGGUGGACGAUGUGCUAUACAAAUGUCAGUAUAUGCUGCAGAUGAUGGACGCUAACGGUAGCAACCUUUCCCCUUUGGAAGCGGACGAAUUUUCGCCCACCAAUUCCCGAGGGAACAUAUUCGAUGGAUGGGGUAAUUUGGAGUUGGACGGAAACGUUUCCUUUGCCGCGGUCGAUGACGAUAACGAUGAUGAGUGGUGGAAAGGAUCACUCGAACCGUUCGAAGGAGAGGACAGCGGAUGGAAUCGUGCUGGUAACGAUCCAUUCCAGGACGAUCAUACGUUUGAUCUGCUUCGUCAACAGUUGAGCCAAUUGCUACCCCAAGGCAAUGAUUGUGGUGGAGGGACUGCCCGUGCCGAGAACGAUCACGAUCAGGCUCUCGGUGGAAGUCCAAAAGUAUUUGAACAAGGCGGUAUGCACGAUUACGAGCGGCCUGAACGAGAGACGGAGGAAAAUGAAAUCAUUAUCAACUACAACCGUUCACUAUCGCCUAUUUUGGAGGAAAACGAAGACGAAUGUAGCUUGCCACCGUCGAUAAGUGUCGCACACUGCUCCAAUAUUGUGGAGAGUACAAUAAUAAGCACCGAAGGUCCUGUGGUGUGCGAAGCAACCGAAUCUGUGCCAGCCCUUGCCCGGAGAAGCUCUCUCACUGCGUCGAACGACACGCUGUUCAACCUGGAGGACGUACUGGAAGAUCGUUGCCUGACACCACAGGACGAUACAUUCCCUGCGAGCAGCCAUGCAUCGCCCCGCACCCUGCUGGUCGACACCAACGGGGACGCUAGUGGGUUAGAAAAAUUAUACAACUUCUCAUCACGACUCAUGUCAUCGGCUGCGGCGGCGGCGGCGUCUACGCUUGGCGCAAACAGCCUUGACGAUCAUCUACUUCAUCAUCACCCACAACGGCAUCACGUACUGCUUUCGUCCAUCUGCCUGGAUGACUUAAGUGUUGGUGACAUUAUGGAAUCACCACCACCACCCCCACCGCUACCAUCGGCCAUCGUUGGUGCUGGUGGUGCCAAUGGAGGCAACAAUACGGGCGGACUACUCAUGGCCGAAACCAAACAGGAUCUUCCCUCAUCGGCCUAGAACUUAGUAGUCCACAGGACUGGGAUUACUGAACCGCUUGGUUUCGAGUUUUCGAUGUCUUUAUUUAGUAGAUCUGAUCCUGGUGGGAUGUGGGGAAAACAUACACUCUUGAGGCAGGCAUUGAUGCAUGUUUGGAGUUCUGUUUAUACAAACGGAGCCCCCUACCAUCAAGUGCGCGCAUCCUCCUCUACUCUAGGUACAUGUUGUCCUCAUUUCACAACGAAACAGUGUGCAACAAAAAAAUGUUAGUUGUUCGUAAAGAAGCAGCCUACAACAGAAAACAAAUCUUAAUCACUGAUUUGUGUACAUACUCGUGACUGUGAGAGCAUCUGUUAGCAAGGUUUCUGUUGGGUGAUAGUUAAUCAUUACACGGCACAAUGUACAUCACACAUUCUCCAAACAUCGUUUUGGUUCCCACUGGAAGGCUCUGCUCGUUUACGUUAUGAGAAUGUAUCUUUGUGAUCUGCCGUAGUAGCACUUAAUGCACUUUAAGAUCCUCGUUUUCCCGCACUGAUCGGGAUUUGUGAAUAUAUAUAUAUGCGCGGUUGUUUAGUUAAUUCUCGUAUUACCUAAUGAAUGAUAAUUGAGGGCAAGCGAGCGCGAACCCCAUCACUGGUGGUUUGUCUCUGUGUGUACUACGGUAUAUACGACAGGCCACAUGCAGCAAACUCAGUUGAAGAGUUUUUAGUUACUUAUUAAAUAGUGUCAAUUCUACGGUGUACAACAUAAGCAUUCACUCAACUUACCUUAUGCGCGCCCUAUAUAUGUAUGUAUGAUAAACUCUAACUUCCACCCUGCACACAGAUUCGUUCCCCAUUCGUUAUUUAUUCACAGUAUCAUCUACCUUGCCAAUUUUGAGGUAAUGAGCGUGGUUACACACAGCAUAACAAGAUUGUUUCCAUGUUUUUUGUUUCUUCGUUUUUUUAUGUGCCCUUUUAAUUAUAUUGUCUGUAUGUAGUGGAAAUGGAAAACGGUCCAAGCUAAUGAAUGCAACUUUUCUUUACACCUAGGUAUGGGAAGCAGAAUUUCCUGUAAGAAAAAUAGAAAAUGUGACAAAAUAGAUUGCCUAAGAUUUGUAAACUAUAAAAAUAACUGAUAACCGAA